UGGAGGAAGAGGGAAAAAGUAUAAAAGGGCACAUGUUGAGCGGUUUGAUUCUGUUGACUUCUUCUUCCUUUCCCAUCACAAUUCCCAAGGUUUCUUCUAUCAAGACAGUUUCUCACAGCUGUCCUCCUUUGCAAAAACAAGCUUCUUCCUUGCACACUCUUGUGUCCUGCCGCCACCUCCCCAGUUCACACUUGAACUUAGUCAUCUCUUGUUUGCUUCAAACAAGUUGCCCGCGCACGCUCACAUCGCACACACAUAACUAUACGUCAAGCCUCUUUUCUCGUUGACUUGAGAAUCCGCCCAUCAUGUCUUCUCACUACAACUCCCACUACUCUCUCCCCUUGCCCGUCCCCUCCCACAAGGGCCAACACUACCCAAGCUACAACAGCACCUACUCGGUUUCGCCCCCAGAGACGGACGAGUCGGUCAGCUCUGGCACCGGUCCUUCGUACAGCAAUAGCGGCUACUCGGUGGCCAACUCCAGCUACGCCGGCAGCAACAGCGGCGACUUUGAGAGCACACACCACUCGGCGAGCGGCGUCGACUUCAACGACUACAUGCAGGACCGCUUCGCCCAGACGUUCGACCCCAUCCCCCUCGACCGCAACAUUGCGGUCCAGGCGCAGACGUCCGGAAAGCUCAACGCAAAGCACCGUGAGCUGCUGGAGCUGCAGAAGAAGGCACAGGCCCGUCUUUCAAAGACGCGCGAGCGCUUCAACGAGGGCUACCGCGACGCUCAGGACGUGCGCGCGGACCUUGAGUGGACGCAGAAGAAAGUCUCAUCACUCAAGAGCAAGACUUCUCGCAAGCACACCAACGAGUACAACAAGGCGCGUGCUCGCUAUCCCUCGCCCGAUUACUAGAGAAGAAGAAAAAGAAGAAGAAGAAACCGGUCGGUUCUCUCUAGUCUCCUGCUCGGAGCGAACCGAUGGCGAGCUCGGCGAUUCGAGUCUUGUUGUUGUCGUCGUCGUUGUCCGUCCAGAAACUCUCAGCCGCGCGGCACCGCCGACGUCGA